AUGAGGAAGUUUGUGACGCUAUUUGCUACACUGCAAGCAGUAGCUGAACAGAUUGAGGAUGUCUACGACGAGGUUGCUCCGGAAACGUACUUGAAGCUGGGAGGAGCCAAGAGCGAUGAAGGCGUCUCCCAGAAGCAGCAAGGAAUGGAAAUAAUUCAGGUAGUUAGUGCUAAACCGCCGCUUGAAAGCCUGCUCCGAUCCAAGACCAAGGAUAAGAAAGGGCCUACUAUUCCUUUUGAAAGAUCGCCUUUGGAAUGCACCUGCCCGGACACUUAUCAGCUGUUCGGGGAUCGCUGUGAACGGAUAGUGGAAAUUCCUCAGUCCACAAUGUGCCACCAGGGCUCUGAGUUGCUCAAUAACGUUUGCCUCCGUUCUGUGAUCCCUGAAGAAAGAUGUCCGUACGGAUAUGCGACCGUCAAUAACCGCUGCAUUCGCCGCGAAGUUUCCGUGCCGCGAAUGGCUUGCACUGACGGUUAUACGUUGGAAGCAUCGGCGGGUUUGACUAAGCAUGACCCAGCUCUGGUCUGCGUCAAACAAAUUCAGGUGGACAAUAUCCUGGAGUGUCCUGAUGGCACCCGAUAUAACGGCACCUGUUCAACCUACGAGAAUGUUCCCGCUGAAUUCACAUGCCCGGGUGGAUAUGAUGAUCUUGGGAACGGUACAUGCCGUCGUGUGACGAGCGUGCCUUGCGGCGCCGAACACCACCAUCAUGAAACCGGGCAAAAGACCAUGCUCACUCCGGUACCUAAGAAGCGCUUGCUGUCUGAAGAGGAAGGAACUGUGAUGACGAGAAUUACUGUUCCGCAUGAAUCUCCAAUGAGAUCGGUACCAGUUCCUGGAACUUUGCGCGGGAAAUCUGAGACCGGCGCGUACCACAAGUGGCACCAGACUCCUGUGCACGACCAUCCCAAAAGCUUUGAGGUGAUUGAUAUCGAGCAGACCUGUGUUGCAAACAUCACAAUCCCGGCCACGCCUUACUGCCCGGUGGGUGACUUGCAUGGAAGGCUGUGCCAGGUGCCGGUUCCUACCAACCCGAUUGAAGUGUGUCCUGCUUAUGGCAACCCGAACAACUGUUUCGCGUUUGACAGGCAGAACCCCUUCGCGACCUGUCCGGAAGGUUAUAACCAGGAGUGCGCGAUCUUGAAGCACCACAUUGACAGUUACGUUGACUGUGAGUGUGUGAGAGUGGAAGAGCGUCCAAUUGAGUUGUACUGUCCUUCGGGAUAUAAUUUGGAAAACGGAUACUGCACACUUCGAACUGAGCCUUACAGAGGUUGCACGGGCUUGGCGCGUCCGGUGGACGGCAUGUGCCAGCGAACGGAAAGUUCGCCGGCAGUGUGUUCGUACACAGUGAGUUACACUUGCGACGGACCUUCUUGUUCGACGCAGUCACAGCACCCUGCCCAGAAGGAGAAGAAAGAUAAGGCUCAGCACCACUAA